GAGAGAGAGAGAGAGAGAGCAUUCAGUAGCCGAAAAACGAGGUUUAAUACCUUACUGGUUUUCGUCCUGACUGGAAGUUUACUGGAAAAAUAGAGAAUGGCGCCUCUAUUCACUUUUGGCGCGUAAAUCAUGUAGUUUAUGAGCGCAGGUGCUGCGGCUGAGGAUUUAUUUCAGUUAUAUAAAGCGAUUUGGGUGAGCGCCUGCAGUGAAUGCGACUUUAUAAGUAAACCGUGCGGCUUUUGUAAGAGAUACGUUGAAUAGACACAUUGUGCUGGGCGAUGUAGACGCGUCGUGCAUAAGAAGAUCGAAAUUCAAGGAUUAACUGUACUUUUGACAUUAAAGUCCAUCAUGGAGGUCCGAAAAGUGUUCACGUGUGUUUUGUUCUGCGUGUUUUUCUGCGCUGGAGCCGCUCAGGAGUCGAUACCUGAUUCAGUUCUGAACUGCUGCGAGGGUGAUGUCCUGUUCCUCCUGGAUUCUUCAGGAAGCGUGGCCUCCUACGAGUUCUUCCGUAUGGUGGACUUCAUGUCUGACCUCCUGUUGCCAUUUUCUCUGGGGCCGGAUGAGGUCAGGGUGGGGCUGCUGCAGGUUGGGACCGAGCCCCACCUCGAGUUUGGUUUUGAUGCCUACAGGUCUCAACAAGGACUUCAGGCAGCUAUAAAGAGGAGUAAACAGCUGAGGGGAGAUACCAACACUGUAGAUGCUCUGCGGAUGGCCCGAAAUCAGGUGUUGAAACAGGGCGUGCCAGGAGGUGCCAGACCAGAUCUGCCCAGGGUUCUAGUCUGGCUCACAGAUGGUGUGGAUCCGGGUGCGGUGCAGGAACCGAUGGACCGACUGAGAGAAGAGGGCGUGGCUGUGCUGGUGGUCUCCACCGGUCAUGGGAACUACCAGGUGCUGAGAAAUGUCGUAAGCCCACCUGCAGAGGAUCACUUGUACUUUGUGGAUAUUGAUGACAUAAACAUCAUCACGGAGGAAUUGAGGAACGCCAUUAUUGAGAUCAUUCGUGCUGAGAGGUUACAGGUGAAGGCUGUCACCACUACUUCAGCUCUUUUGAAUUGGAGACCAGUGUUGGCUGGAACUGGAUACUAUGAUAUCCAGUUUGGGCCCAUCCGAUCAGGCGGGACAGGCGGUGGGGGAGGUUCAGGCACCAGUCCUGGCACAGGCUUGGAACCUUUUCAAAAAAUGACUCGGCCUGGAGACGCCAGUUCGGCCCAGCUGACAGACCUGCGUCCAGACACCACGUACAGAGUCACACUCACCCCAAAGGCAAACCAACAGUCCCUGAACUCACUUUCUGCCACCUUUACUACACAACCAGAAGUCAGUACUCCUCAGCCGGAGGUUCAGAGUCUGUCUACGGUCACCGUGUCAGAUUCGACCAGCAACAGCGUGCGGGUGAGCUGGGGUCCGCUGCUGUCUCACCUCAUUCAGAGUUAUCAGGUGGAGUAUUCAGCAUUGCCUACAGGACCACUUCAGAUCGUCACCGUCAAUAACCGCCAGAACUUCACAGUCCUAACCAACCUUCAGCCCGACACCCAGUACCUGGUCACCGUGAGCGCCAGGCACUUUUCUGGCAAAGAGAAGGCCAUGUCUGUCAAAGCCUGUACACAGGAAGUGUUACCAGCUCUCUCCGAUCUGCAGCUGACCACAGUGGGCGAUGAGUCAGUGCAGCUUCGUUGGAGGGGGAACGCUGAUGGUCUCCGUGGUUACUGGGUCACAUGGGAGCGAGAUUAUAGCCAACGCUCUACUCUGUAUUUACCACCCAACCUCCUGUCCACCACCCUAAAUCAUGUACCCCGCAGCUCUCGGGUCUGUGUGUCCCCGGUGUAUAGGACUGCUCGCGGGGAAGGGAUCUGUUGCACUGCUUAAGUUCAGCUCUGUUGACCUGGAACUGUUGAGCUACUCCUCGCCAAACCCUUAUGAAACAGAAGAAACUUUCCAUUCAUGGAGUUAAAGGAAGGCCAGGACAAGGCUGAAACUGAACACUCAUCAUCUAUAGAUGGUGAUCUUAAAACACAUCAACAAAAUAUGCACUGAGAACUGACACGCAAUACACGUAUAUGCCACAAAGACUUUGUCUAAAAGACUGACAAACCAAUCAGAAUUCAAGUUAUUUUUGUUGCAAGGAAUGCUUCAAAGCAAGUUAUCGUACCGUUGAAGCUGUCAAGUUGUCUAAAUCAUCCUUUUAGUUUUGAAGUGCAAAUGUCUUUCCUCAAUAUUCUGUUACUGUAAGCACAUGAAUGUAAAUCUGACUGUUUUUAAAAACUAAAAGAAGUCAAAAUUUUAUUUUUUAGUAAUUGACAGAAUAAGACUUUAACUUGUUUUGAACCUGAAACAGUCUUUAAAAGUUGCCACUAAAUAUUUAUGCAUAUAAAAUAUGAUAAAAUGCAUUAUUAAGAGCACUUAACUAUUUUACCAGUUUGUAAAUAUCUUACAUAUGCUUUUAAGUGAUAUUUAUCAAAUGCAUACAUGGCUGGUUGCUAUAUUUCUCCAGUACAAUUUAAAAUCUUUCUAAAGGGAACAAUAAGACAUUUGAAUGACCUCCAUCACUGGUUUGCUUUAUUAAGGUCAAUAGAUGAAGUUAUUUGUAACCCUGUAACUCUUAACCACACUUGCACAUUUUAUUAGAAAGAAAAUCUGGCAGAUGACUUUGGUUAAAGUAUGAAGACAUGUGCAGAUGUUGUUUGCAGAUGUUUUGCGGUCAUGGGGCUGUGAUUGGUUAAGAACAUUAACUCUUAAUACAAGCACAACUCACUUCGCCUGUGCAUGCAUUCAUAAGAUUGGUCGUUUUCAGUUUAACAGGGCCAUGAUGAAGGCAAGAUCAAGGUCUUAAAAUGCAUUGUGGGGGUCGAUUAAAUAUUUCAUGCUUCAGUCUUUUAAUAAUGUUAAUGGUUAACAGAAGGGUCUUAUUGCAAGAAUUUUCAGCCCAAAAAAUGCCAUUCAUUACUUUCAACAUCAGUUUUUUGUUCUUAUCUAUUGUAUUAUAAAGGCAAGUUGAGCUUUCUGGAUUAUUAAAACAGGCACGUUAAGUUGCACGUCUUACAAGUCACUGCUAAUGUUUUUAAUUCUUGAAUAAAUCAUUUCUAUUUU